AUGGAAGAGCUGGAUGGCCUUGUGAAGCAAGAGAAUCCGGAGGAGCACCGGGAAGUGGUGGAAGCGCCCGCCUCUUCCAAGAAGGCUUUGCAGGCAUCUGUCACCCGGAUCGCUCAGGAGUCGAUCUCCUUUGGACGUUUGCUGCAAGAGGCCAAGGAGACCCUCAAGGCAGGGACCAUUCCGGCACGAAGGCUUCAUCAGCAGCUGGACGCCUUGGAAGCAAAGACUCGCCAGCUGCGAGCAGAUGCAGGUGCAUCUGCCGAGGCCCAGGCGCAGGCGCGUCAGGCACAUCGGCAGAGGUUCGACCUCAUCACACGCGGCUCGGCAGAGUUGGGCGAGUUCGUGGCAAGCGACGACCGGGAUCCGUGCAAGAAGUUUGGAGGGUGA